CCACAGUUGAACUUUUUCUAGACCAUCACCCCACUUGACUUCUUCAUCUUUCACAUGCACACUCUUUCAUAAAAGACUUUGUCGCAUUCCUGGAUUACACAAAUCUUUCUACAUUUCCACAGCACAUCCUCAAACAAUUGCAGCUGAUACAUCCAACGGUCACCAUUACAAAUACGUCACGCGCUACUCAAUCUUGCUACCUGUACAGCCUCAUUGAUUAGCUUCAACAAACAUCUUCGGCGUUCCUAUUCCUCACCUACGUCGUCUUCGUACUUCGCAACUUCGCAAUCUUGCAAUCAGAAACCUCCAAAAGCCUUCAGCAAACAACUCGAUCUCGACAUAAUGGGUGCUCCUCUAGCUACCAAGGACGUCAACGCUUCGGUCCAGACCCAGGACGCGGCCGCCAUGGAUAACGGCAAGCCCAACGGCGCCCAGACCUUGGAAUACCAUCGCCAGGUCCUACAUUCCAAGAUGGAGGAAGAGAAACAGCAGGAAUACGUCUCGCCGUCGGACAACAUCAUGAGCCCCUGCACCGCCAAGCUCAGCGCCUUCAAGGGACGAGUCGUCAGCAAGGCCAAGCCCAAGUCUCUCUUCGCCCAAACGUCCGCUAAGAAGUUCGAUGGCAAAGAUAUCUUCGGCGGCUCCAAGACCGUCCUAUCCCAGGCUGGACCCCAAUCUGGAAUCUAGCUGCCAGCUAGCUCCCUGGUUCCCCUCGGUUUACGGGACGGCGGCGUUACGGAUCACUCUUGUAAUAAAUGGCUUUGCUUUAGGAUGGCACGGAUACCUCACCACGGCGUUGGUGGAAGGGUACUAUAGGGUAUUCCGGGGUAAUUCUAGGACGGGAGUGUACGACGAUACCCAUUUUUUGAUGGGCGGACAUCAUCAAUGAUUCAUGAAUAAAUCACUGCCUUAUUUUUUUUAU